UCCUUAAAUACAUUGUGCCAAUGACAGAAUAUUUAUAUUUAAAGCCACGUAUGAGUUUAUAAUCUUUCAAAGAAUAAGACGGAGUUUCUGUUCAUUUAAAAAGAAAGAUAUAUACCAUUAUGCAAACAUUAUGUGAUACUGCAAAUUCUUGGAAAGUCUGAUUUGUGAAACACGACUAGAUUUGUAAACAUGUCCACUCUUUGUGAAAUUUCUUUAAUUGUUUUACAAGGAAAUAUAACAUGUACAAGAUAGAACGAAUUAGAUUUCACGGAAGAAGUAUCUUUUGGUUGAUACAUGUUGUAUUAAAAUUAUGCCACUUAUCCGAGAAUAGGUUUUGGUAGCUGACAAGAUCACAAAAGAUAUUUAAGAAACUCUUUGAAUGUCCUUGAUGGCAGAAGGAACUCAGAGUUCUCCUUCAUCGUUGUCAUCAAACCCUCAAUCAACUCGACUUCCAAUUCAUCAAACCCCCGCUGGCAACCCAGAAUUUAUAACUGUUGACGACAAGUACAGAUGUGUGGUAUGUAAUGGCAUCGUGCGGGAGGCUGUUCAGACCCAGUGUGGACACAGGGGCUGCGAGCAGUGCUUCUCUCAGUUACUUCAAGGGAAUCCGAAACAGGUCAUGUGUCCAGCAGGGGAAGAAUCAUGUGUCUAUCUAAAAGAAAACGAGAUUUUCAGGGAUUUUGGUGCACGACGGGAAGUGCGUCUUCUUCCUGUGUAUUGUAGUUACAAAACUGAAGGAUGUAAAGAAGAAGUGCCAUGGAAAAAUCUACAGGCACACGAAACAACAUGCAGUUACAAACCUUCUAAAUGCAAGUUUUCCCAGGAAGGGUGUCAAGUUACCGUUGUUCUAAAAGAUUUACAAACACAUGAAGAGGGGUGCCUGUUUCGUCUGGAGGCCUGUAGUUAUUGUUUGCAAGAAAUAAAGCAUCAUCUUAUGCAGGAUCAUUUGGAAACUGCGUGUCUUGAGUAUGACAUAUCUUGCCCAUUCAGAUGUGGAGUCGAAUCUGCUACUAGGAGAAUGAUGAUUCAACACUAUACUAAUGAAUGUCCACGACGUCCGAUUGAGUGUAAAUACAACAGCAUUGGGUGUAAAUUUACCGGAUCAAAAGAAGAUGUUGAUAAUCAUAUUAGGAAUGAACUUGAUCACCACCUUGAGCUGUCAGUUCGGCGAUCAGCAGAAACAGGUCUGAAAGGAGCUCAAGCCAAAGAAAGGACACAGGAGUUAUAUGGACAAGUUGCCGAGGUACAGCAGUUAAUCGCGGGGCAUGUCAAAAUCAUGCAUGAAGCAAAGGAAAAUAUUGAGUCAUUAAAAAAGAAUAUCAAGGAUGUAAAGCUGAAAGUUGUUGCACAGACAGAAAGGCUAAUUACAGUAGAAAGAAAAAUUGACAAACUUGCAGACCAGGAAACACAAAAUAGAUUAGCAGGAGAAAUGCAUAUACUGAAAGAAAAUCAGAGCAGUAUUGAAACGAGAGUUACACAACUCGAAAGAGCAGGGCCUGUGGGCGGACAAAAUGGAAUACCAUCUGAUCAAAUUCAACUACACGAACGUCAACUGGGGAUCAUUGAUCUCCGACUAGCUGAGCUUGACCUACGAUUUCAAGUAAUGGAAACAGCUAGUUAUAACGGAGUCCUCAUGUGGAAAAUCAGAGACUACUCGCGCAGAAAACAGGAUGCCAAGUCUGGGCGCACGAUUUCCCUGUAUAGUCAGCCUUUCUAUACUGGACGGUUUGGAUACAAAAUGUGUGCUCGGGUCUACUUGAAUGGAGAUGGUGUAGGAAAAGGUACUCACCUUUCUCUGUUUUUUGUUGUCCAAAGAGGUGAAUACGACGCCCUGUUACCUUGGCCCUUUAAACAAAAAGUAUCUUUAAUGUUGUUGGACCAAGAUAAUGGAACACGGCAUUUGGUGGAUUCAUUUAGACCAGAUAUUACAAGUUCUAGUUUUAAACGCCCGACGUCUGAGAUGAAUGUAGCGUCCGGCUGUCCCCUGUUUGUCAGUCAUAGUGUCCUUGAGACUCCUACAUUUCUUCAGGAAGAUACGAUCUAUAUAAAGGUAGUCGUCGAUAUCGAGGGUUUGCGACAGCAUUAGAGUAGUUCCCAAAUCAGCUACAAAAGACAAUCGUUUUGUCUAUACUUGAAGGCUUGUUUAUUUCUGAAAGAUAUAUGAUAAAAGUUUUCUUUUAUAAUGCAAACUUUAUUUCUUUCUGAUUAAGAACUUCUCUACUUGUGUUUUAUCUUACCCAUGUUUUUAUGUCUUCAAUUUCAGUCAAUGACUCUUAAUAAACAGUGGCGGCGUAGGUUGUUGUCAGAAAAAUAAUGCUGUUGUCAAUGUUAUUCCAGAACUCUUACCUAAACUUAGUUUUACACCUGUAAUAUCUUAUCAACCGGUUUGCAAAUACACCUUUUGAUUUCAGUUCCUUCAACCUCUCAAGUCCAUCAAAAGGAACACUAAAUCUUAGUAUUGAGGGGACAAAAUUAAACUGAAAUAAUAUUAAAAAAUCGAAUAAAUUUUGAAUUUGUUGAAUAAAUUCUGAAUGAUUAUUGAUUUGCCAUGUCAAUGAAUUGAUAAAAACCCAAAAAGUUAAUGUUAGUUGUACACAUCUAAUUUAUGUUUUUGUAAAAGUAGGACUAACUUAACGCUCAAUUAUAUUAUAAAUUAAGACUAAAAUUUAUUGAGUGAAAGUCAUUUUAAGGAUAUAGAGACCAAAUUGUGAAAUCAUUUUGAUGUGUUACAACGACGAAAGAAGAUUGGUAACGUUAUUUUAUUACAAAAUUGCAUAUAAAUAUAUUCUUUUUGAUAUAUAAAGUAUUAUCAAAGUACUGAAGAACUGGCGGGAGUUGAUUUUGUCGAUGUUUAUUUAUUUUAAAAUCAAUGAUAUGUUAUUUUGCAUGACAAGUACAUGUAUACGUAGUUUCUAUUUUGAAUUACGCAUAUUUUUAUAAUAUGAAUUUUUGGUCUUUUUCGAUUAGAAUGUCGAGAAACCUCCAUAUGAAUCAUGUUAAAUAAUAUUUAAAGAUAAAAUUAAUUCAAUCAAAGUAUGUAUCAGUGGUAGAAAUAUUUCUCGAAAAUUGUAUGGAUCCAAGCAAUAUUGAACUCUAGUCUCGUUCAACCAAACGCUCGGCUGACACCGUAAAUCUCCGACAAGGGUUUACGGAGACAGCCGAGCGUCGAGUUGAACGACACUAUUUUGAACUCUGGCGUAGGAAUACAUACGACUACAAAAAAUAUUUAAAUUGUUCGUACCAUUUAAAAUCUGACUUUUUUUAAGGUAUUUGUAAAUAAGUUUCCUUGAAAAACAAUGCUUUAGCAUACAUUACAUCGAAUUCAUCAAUUAUUUUCAAGAACUAAGUCUUGUCAGGAGCAAUGAUUGAUUUGUGCUGAGGUCCAAACACUGUUUCACUUUCGGUUUGUCCGAGUGACUGCAUAGGAGAGUUGAUUAAAAAUCAACUCCCAAAAAAGGAUAUGCAAAAGCUUGUUCAGUAGAUGAAGGGUCAGGGUCCCGGUCAUCCUUGAAAUGUUCCCUUUGAAGAAUUUACUCUAGUCAUUUACAUUUUAAAUGUUUGUGAUUAUGACAAUUCAAAUGUGACCCUAGUUGACUUAUGAUAUACUUAUAUCAUUCCAUACUCUCAGUACUUUCAAACUGUUUUCAAGUGUAGAUGUCAUAUGAGGUGGUGCAGAAUUCCAUGGAAACUUGGGUAAUGACCGGAAACAAUCAUCUUUAAUCUAAAUGUCUGAUUGGUCAAACGCAAACAACAGCAUUGCGAUUCCGGAUAGAUUGUUUCCGGCUCGCAAGUUUUAAUGGGUAACGUUUUCUUGCCAUAAUAUAUUGAUAUUGCUGGGGUUUCAUUUGAUUUGCUUUGUAUUGAUGACAACCUUUAAAUAGUUGAGGUUUGAUAGCAUCAUAUAGAUACUGCUGUUUACAUAGAAAUGUAAAUAUGAAUAGUCGAUUCAAUGGAAGAAUGUUAUAAAAGUUUACUUGUGUAAAACAAUGGUCAAACAAAGUUUUAUGCAUCGUUUACUUUGAUAAAACGACACCAGAAUUUUGAUAUUGGCUUUUGUUGACUGGAUCUAAUGACAGUUAAAUUUUGUCGACUUAGAUGAAUCUUUGAACCAUGAUAAACAGUCAUAUUUUCCAAGACACGGUUCUUAAAAGAAGAAUGUAAAUAACACUUUUAGUGACGUACAGUAAUGGUUAAAUGUAAAUAUCUUAAUAAAAAAUGCGCAUAUCUAUCUAUCUAUCUAUCUAUCUAUCUAUCUAUCUAUCUAUCUAUCUAUCUAUCUUUAUAUAUAAAUCAUUAAAAAUCAAAUUGAAAAAUAUGUGAGAUACUAGAUAUGAAUAUUAUGACAAGACAUCUUUUCUAUAUAGAGACAUAACCCUUGACAUGUACCUUGUAUUUGAAUUUUGUUGAUUUUUUCAGCUUUCAUGUAAAUAUAAUUGAUUUUGAUUUUCAAAAUAUUUCUUUUCAGGCUAUGGUUUUUGUAAUAUCUAAUGACUAAUGUAUAUUCUAAAAUAACUUAUGCUUGAUAAUCUAGUGUUUUUGAUGAAUAUGAACAGUUUUGUAAUUUUGUUGCACAAAAUAUUCAAAUGGUAGCUUUUAAACUUGCUUUUAAAAUAGUGUGGUUUUUACAUGUAUCAUUUUUAAAAAACUAUGCUUUUUUUCACACGUUGGUUGUAAAUAGAGAAACAAUUAACUUGUUUAUUUUAUAAAAAAAUUCAGAUUUGCCAUUUGUUUUUCAUUUGUACUGUAUUAUACUGAGUAAUUUAAUGAUUUAAUUAAACAAAA